ACAAUAACAAUUAUCAGCAUCUUAUUUGUAAGGUAGUUGAAACUCUUUGGAUGUUGUAAAGAACAAGAAAAAAUUAAAAACACUUACAAAGAAAAAUUCUCUUUUUCUUUCCUUUAUUUAUUCUCUUCAUUUUUUUGAGCUGAAAUAUUUGUUACAUGUGUUAUAAAUUGGAUUGUUUCUGAACUUUUUUGAAACAAUUAUGGUGAUGGAUGAUGAUGCUUUGAAUGGAUUCUCUCCUGUUUCAACUCCUAAGCUUUCAUGGAAAUCUAGAAGAAGAUCAGCUAGCGGGAGGAAUUUAGAGGUAUCACCAGAAGAUGCACCUAAAACACCACCCGGCAAGCCGGAAGAUAUUCCUCCUAAUGUGGAGAUGCAGGACUCAACUGAAGUUUCUGAGCUUUCCGAACGUCGAAAGGCCUUGUUUGAACCAUUAGAACCUAUAAAGAACAUCAACGGCCGACGACCCUCGGCCGAGUCUUUGCUUCCUCCCCCUGAUUUUGAGUCUGCAAAUUAUCCAAAGGGAUGGCUGAUCGGAAAGAAACGAAAGCUCGUCAAUGUGGAUGUUGUUGAAAGCAUGCGAAGGAUUGCAGUCCAAGAAAUGAAUAGAAAGGACAGGGAAAUAGAUGGACUAAACGAACAACUGGAGGAGGAUUCGCGGUGUCUUGAGCACUUGCAAGUGCAGCUUGUGGACGAACGAAGCAAACGCGCUCGGCUAGAAAGAGAGAACAAUAUGCUUCAAGAACAAGUGAACAUGCUUAUGAACAUGAUACAAGAAACUGAACAGAUGGAAGAUGAAGGUCAAGAAGUGGGAGACCAAGGCCAAGAGGAACCUUAAAAGAUGUAUAAUAUUGUACUACUAAUGUGUGCAUGUUUGUGUGUAUUAAAUUCUUUUAUAGAUAUUGUUCAUCAUAUGUUGUUAU